AUUCCGGGAGGCCCCCGCGGCAAGGAAGGCUCCGCUGUAGGAAAAACUACAACUCCCAGAAGUCCUCGUUCGCAGCUGCGGAACCUACGGGUUUCGGAAUAGCUGCCACUGGACGGCGUGCCGGCGGCUGGACAUGGCUUUCUUGGCUAGAUCCGCGGGUCGCCUCUUGGACCCCGUCAGUAGGUCAGCGGCGCUAGUAGGUGGCAGGUGGCUCCAGCCCCAGGCCUGGCUGGGGUUCCCGGAUACAUGGGGACUCCCCGCCAUGCAGCAGACCCGGGGCAAGGCGCGCGGGAACGAGUAUCAGCCGAGUAACAUCAAACGCAAGCACAAGCAUGGUUGGGUCCGGCGCUUGAGGACGCCAACCGGGGUCCAAGUCAUUCUUCGUCGCAUGCACAAGGGCCGAAAAUCAUUGAGCCAUUGAGAAGGGAGACGCUGCCGCCUGGACCCCUCAUUAAAUCAUUUCCCUCGCUUAGCCUGUGGCUGUUUUUGUGGAGAGCUGGAGAGCAGGACGACUGGGAUUCGGGCGGACAUGAAUAUCCCUCACAUUGGCCCAGGGGAAGAAAUCUGGUAUUAGACUGGAAGAAGGAGUGGAAGUCAGACCUUGCCCGGUGCUUUUUUACGCUUUUGAAUUAGGAAGAAUUUCGAACUUAACGCAACAGUCCAGUGACCAAUUACCCACAACCCAUCCUGCCCCCUCCUGAGAUGCAAAUCUCAGGCGUCAGAUUAUUCUGUAAAUAUUUCAGAAGGCACCUCUUCAAGAUAAGGGCUCUUUAAUACAUAUUCACAAAACUUUUCACAGCUGAAAAAAAAAUUAGCAGUUCUUUUAGUCAUUGAAAGUCUAAUAAAUGUUCACAUUUUCA